AUGGCAAAUAUCAGAAAAGUGACUGAAGAAAAAAACGUGAACAAACACGAAUUUAACUUUGAAAAAGCUCGUUUGGAAGUGCACAAGUUUGGAAUCAGUGGCUAUGAGAAGCAGGAGCAACGCAUGUGGGAACAGGAACGUGCUAUCAUGCUGGGAGCCAAGCCCCCCAAAAAAGAACAUGUGAACUACAAGACUUACCAAGAGAAAAUGAAAGAGAAGAAAACAACGGAGGAUGAUAAUAAUGGAAAGAAACAUAAAGGUGAUUCUCUUAAGAAGAAGAAGAAGAAAGAACAGAAGGAGAGGAAGGCCAAAAAAAAGAAAUCAGUGCCCAGCAUUUGGCCUGCAGGACAAGUUGGAAAAUUCAGAGAUGGGACCUUGAUUCUGCAUAGCUGUGACAUAAAGAAAAUUAAAUCAUCUAAAGUUAUCAAAUGAACUUACAACACAGAAUGAAAUCGACAAUAAAAAUAACAUAGAGUUCGUUUUGCCACCACAACGCAUCUACGAAUCUUCUUGCCCUCCCACCACAUUCUAACUCUUUCAGCUGACUUUUAGUUUCAGGAUUUCCCAUCUUCCAUUGUGCUCUGGUGAGACUAUGAUUAUUUAUCUUUUUUCCCUUUUUUAAAUAAAAAUAAGACUCUUCUGUUAAAGUGCAUGUUGACUAUUUUUAUUAGAUAACAAAUGCUAAAGAAAGCAUUUCACGAUUCCUAGAAUUAGUUUAUCGGCUAGAAGGAAAAUAUUAAUUUAAUUCAUUAAUUUAAAUAAAUUAAUGAAAUAAACUACAUAGCUCUUUGCUUUCAUCUGAAAGGAAUAUGCAAAAAGCAAUACCUUAUUGCUCUGAACCUGAAGUAAGUAUUCUUAAACACCUAUCAGGCAUGCAUCUAUUUCUGUAUCUAUAUGAAUUAUUAGUAGAACUACACAGCAAAAACCUAUCCUGUCCAGCAAAACCUUUUAAGGUAUCAAAAUUAUCUGCUUUGGAAUGAAAAUGAGGCUUUUUAAAGUUUUGUCCCAGGUAAGAGUUACAGAUGCAACUUGCAUACGUGUGUAGAGAACUCAAAUUUAAUUAUUUUUUUCAAAUGUGUUUUUUAAAAAACAAAAAAAAAGUUGAUUAAAGACCUGAGCCAAGUGAGGUGGAGACAGCCAAUGGCUACUGGUUGUUCGUCGGUAACUCACAGUUGUUGUGAUCGGUGUUCCUAUGCUAGACCUGAUGAGCCUUUUCUAUGAAAUCUCUGUCAAAUCCAUGGCAAUUGUUAGCAACUUUGCAAAGCGUCCUUGCUGUUUUACCUCAAGCUAAAGAAACUUCAAUAUUUUACGAGGAGACAAAAGUAGUGUCAACUGUCAAAAGACAGAGGAAGGUUUCAUGCUCUGUUACUUACAUGUAAAGUUAUCUAGAGCUUGUUUGCACAGCUUUGGCAGUGAAACAAAUGUAUACGAGACGGCAAAUAACCCUCACUAGGGAAACACUUUUUAGGUGUAUUAGUGAACUUCAGUUUAGCCAGGAGGGUUUAGGAAGUGCACUUCCUAGCUGCCAUCUCAGGGCCUGAAUAAGAUGACAUUUCAUCUUAAGCAAGCAGAGAGGUCUGGGUCACCUCGCAGCUAGCAACAAAAACAGCAGCAUAAUUCCUCUCCCCCAAACAGCUGUAUUCUCAGUUUAAGGAAGUAUUUUGGGGUGGGGGGCGCUUUCUUACGUGCUCCUUCCCUCAUCCCUUCCAGGUUAUUUUCAAGGCUUGCCAACAGAGAGAGGACUCUGAGGACUAGGCCAGAAUGGAAAGUAGGGCCAGAUAAAGAGGGGAAGGGAGUGUUUCUGGAGCCAUAUGGGGUGGGGGCGGGGAAGCAAAUAUUGCUGAAUAUUGUUGUCACAUUUCAUAAUUGCUUAAGUGGAUUUCUUCUUAUUCAGGAUUGGUUGCAAAUUCAAACCAGAAUUAACAGCCCUGUCUGGUUAGCGAAUAUGCAGACUAGAGAAAUGUCAAAUCACUAUUGCAUAUGAAGGUGUAAUCACUAAGCUGGAUUGAGUACAACGCAUCCAAACUUGCUGAGGCAACGUAUAGCCUUUGGAUGUUACAGUGUAACCUGCAUUUUUUAAUUCCUAACUAAUCCUUGUGCUCACUUUUUCUGUGCUCACUUUUACAUAAAGUUUUGUUCAUUUGGCUUUGGGUAUCAUGUGUUGUGGGAGUUAUGUCCCUGAAUCAUCUUGAGUAAUUUACAGGGUUCACUUUCCACCUCCGUAGCUUAGAAAAGCUGUUUAGGAGUGAAACUUGGUCAGAAUGGAGUGCCUAAUCUUUGCAGUUCUAGCCUCAAGCUUUGUAAGCUCUGCUAAAGAAUGAGGUUGCAAGAAGAUCAGUUUUUAAAUUAAAAUUGUUCAGAAUUUUGUGUUUUUAACACCUAUUUAAAAUGUGUGUGUAUGCAUUACAAAAGUUUUCUGCUCUCAGGUGAUAGGCUGCUUUUUAACAGCAAACUCCCGUGGUGAUUUAAGCUGGCUAUGCUACAUCCCAGAAGCGUGCUGUUCUCUGUUAAACAUGAUAGCUUUAAUCCAAUUUAAUUACUAGAUUAUAUAUAUAUAUAUUUAAAAAAAAAAAAGAUAAACACUGCCAUUUGGCAAGCCUAACAGUUGAGAACCUUUAUGCACCUAAUGUUUCUCUGAACUGAAAUAUGUUAUUAACUAGCAGAGUGCAGAGCUUGCUGGCUGAGCAUAGUGUUGUGUCACUUCUGGAGCGUGUACUGAUAUGUGAAAGCCAGUACUGACUGAAUAGCUAAUGGAUUAUUGGCAAAGGAGAGCAGGGACCAUCUUAUUUUGCCUUCCUUCUGCAGCAGGAUAGGGGAAUGAGGGAGGAAAGGAGACAUCUUUGCAUUCUUCCCAUCUGUUCUCUGUCAGGCCUUUUAUACUGUAACAAUAAGCUUUGUUCUUGUUUCCCAGUAAGCUAAAGCUAUUGUGAUUAUCCUAUUAACAGUCAUUUAUCAAGGUCACAUAGCUUAAGUGAGCUAUGUGCCUUUUUCCAGGGGCUGAGUGUGUUACCUCUGUGGCACUGCUCAGUCCCUUCCAAGGCAUCUCCUUGAUACAGGUGUGCAGCUCCAAUAUGACAGGUAAUUUAACUUUCUCACAAAGUUUUAUCAUUCCUGCCCCAGACAAGCCUCUGCCUCCACCAUCUGGCUUUUACACUUACCUGAAGGCCUUUCCAAUCGGAUCCUUUGAGUGACGUAAUUGCUUUCUGCUUACUCCAGUGUCAGAAACUUCUGGAGACUGGGCAAUUACCCAAAGUCUGUAAGACAGGGUGGAACUAAAUAACACAUCCCAAUAUACUCUAUGACCAACGUAAGCCAGAGAUAAUGGAGAGGUAGUGAGAGAGAUGUUUCAUGCCACUGAAUCCAGUGCACACGUUAAGCCCAGAGAUGGAUGAUUUCUCUGAGGAAGGCAUCUUAGCUUUCUCCAGCUAACAGAUUAUUUGAGCUAUAUUAAUGAAGCGUGUAUCAGCAAUUAGGUAUGCAUCCUGCAUGAGUGCCUCAUAUACAUUAUGAUGUAGUAAUAAUAAAUAGGGUACUGAUGCUAAAUUUGUUGGCAAUGUACUAAGAAUUUAUUUAGAAACCGUAGAACAGCAUAAACUCAUAUGUCAGGUUUUCCAAAAGGGUAAUAAUAAUACACAAAGUUUUACUCAGACCAAAAGACAAAAGGCAUUUUGUUUUCAAUUCAAAAAAUACAAACUCUUGUCACAGGUACAAAAUUAUAAAAAGUUGAUAUUCUCCUCUUGAUCUGGUGACAGACACAUACAGAAGAGAUGUAUUUUUCACCAGCUCCAAAUUUAUAUAAGCUAUGGGAAAUGGUGAUAAAGAACAAAUGUCGUUGUUAAGAAGAAAACAGAAACAAGUUCUUGUCUUUCAUUUAACAAGAUGUGAACACCGUUAUCUUAUUCCUUUGCACUUUUUUUUGGUUGCCAACAUUUAAAUUAGUGUUACUCAUGCUCCAUAGAACAAGCAGAAACUAACAGCAGUUCUACCUCAUGCAUUUAUUCUAAUAUUCAUCACAAAAUGAUUUCUCACCAUGCUUUCAUUCAACUACUUAGAAAGCCUACUAUUUUUAUUGACAACAUUUAAGGAAGGUGGUGUCAGCCACCAGGAUGAAAGAAUGCAAUCUGGAUCUGUAAGUGUGAAAAUCAGUACACAUGUAUCUGCUGACCUACAAGAAAAUGUUACAAAUCCUCCAACUAAUCCACCAAUUCACUUUGUGUAGUGCUUGCUUGGAUUUGCCUGCAAUAACAAAACUGUAACAAAACAUCACUUAAGGGGAAAAUGCUGCUGAGUACCUAUUUCAGUAAAGCACACAUCUGUCUUCUGUGUUGUGCAAGGAUGCAGAAGCCCUGCGCACUUAAUUUUUGUGGCUUGCAUGGGCUUCUGCACAUAA